GCAGAGUCUCAGACACCAGAACCCCAAGGAAGUCCCUAAAUUUUUUUUAAGUGUUGAGUAUUAGUUGGUGGCAGAGCUAAAUGUUAAGAACUGUGUUGUGGAUGAUGGAACUGUUAUUAAUGGCAUAAUGUUAGAUAAGAAAAUCAAGAAGAAUUGGGUUAAGAAUUGGCAUAGUAGUAACUUUUUUUCCCCAGCAGGGUUGGGGGAGGUGAGAGAUGAAUACUUUUUUAUUUAUGACAUCCAGACAAACUGACUUGAAGAAUUGUCUUUGUGUAAAACUUAAUUGAAGUAAAGAACUUUACCUCAUGAAGUUUCUUUUUUGUUAGCAAUCAUAAUCUAAUAACUGCUUAAUAUGAAUUUUAGCAUCUUGAUCUAAAAUGAGUUUAGAGACCUGCCGACGGCCCGCGUAUCUGCCAUCCUUUUGAGUGUGCCAUGUCUGGUUCAUCCAGAGUCGCGGCUAUGAAAAAAGUGGUUCAACAGCUCCGGCUGGAGGCCGGGCUCAAUCAGGUGAAGGUUUCCCAGGCAGCUGCAGAUUUGAAACAGCUCUGUCUGCAGAAUGCUCAGCAUGACCCUCUGCUGACUGGAGUAUCUUCAAGUACAAAUCCCUUCAGGCCCCAGAAAGUCUGUUCCUUUUUGUAGUAAGACGAAUCUUGGCAAGAUUUCCGAACCACUUUUCAUAAACCAGUGAAUAUUCAAAGGAAAGCCAGAUUUGAAGCCUCUCUGUAACGUGCUAUACUAUACAAACUUCUACUUUUGUCAGUCCUUAAUGUCUACCUCUGAAUUUUCUGUUUCACAAGGGUAAUUAUUUUGUAUACACUGAUGGCAGCAUACAAUAAAAUACUUAGUAUAAUCAAAAUGAGUUUAAUGUUGAGUUGAGUGCCAGUGAUGAG